AACAACACCAUCACUACUACCUGUUCUUCUAGCUUCUAGCAGAUACAAUCUCUCUGUUCUCUCUAAAACCAAGACUUAAAAAAACAAAUGGCUUUCUCUAAAUCCAUGACCUUGUUAGCUACCCUUCUUGUUCUGGUACCCUUGGCUUCUUACGCUUUGGACUGGUCGGACAUUUCUCCUUCUGUUGCCACUGAAAUAUGUAAACAAGUUGAGUGUGGAAAAGGAAAUUGCAGCUUCGACGCUAGUGCUCCAAUGGCUUACACCUGCGAGUGCGAAAAAGGAUGGAAGCGAACUGCUGAAGGCAACGAUGAUCUUAAGUUCCUCCCUUGUGUCAUCCCUAACUGCUCAUUGACUUACGAUGGUUGCCAAGCACCCCCUCCAGUUCCUGAUUACACAGAUGUCCCACACAACUUAUCUGUCUUUGAUCCUUGCAACUGGGUUUACUGUGGAGAAGGUACCUGCGUCAAGAACUCAACCUAUCUAUACUCACCAGAGUGUAAAUGCAACUCGGGGGCUUCUAAUCUUCUUGGUGUCUCUGUAUUCCCCUGCUACAAAGAAUGCACACUUCAGCCGGACUGUGCAGCCCUCGGAAUCAAAGUUGCGAAUUCGACUAGUACCUCUACCGAUGGAACGACUGACAGUAACAAAGCUACCGACUUCAUGCCAGGCAAAUUCCAGUUGAUGACUAUAGUGGUGGUGGCUGUGGGUAUGAUUCUGUGAGAGUAGGGCUCAUGAUCCUGUCAUACAAAAGAUUGCGCCUUUCAUGUGUUCGAGUUACAACGUACAUGAGAAUUGAUAUACUUAGGUUAAUUUGAUUGUAUUCCUUGAUUUUUCCCCUGUACUUCAUUUUGUGUAGAGUCAGUUUGUAUCAAUAAGUAAAAACACUGUCAUUCUCAGAUGACUGUCAUGUAUACAUAUGUAUAAUCAUUCCUUCUAUAUAUACUUUGACAGUGUUGAGUA